UUUAGUAUUAAAUAUUAGGGAAGAGUUGAAUAUAUGUAAAUAAGUAUAAAUGAUAGAUUUUAAGAUCAAGAAAAAAUAUUUAUUAGCAUAACUUUAUCAGCAUUUAAUUGAACAGUGUUAAAAUACAAAUUACAAUGAAAUCUAUUUUUGUUUUUAUGACUGGUUGUGUGGUAUUACAUUUAAUUGAGUGUCGACCAGCAGAAAUUGUUUUGCAGACAAAUAAUCAAGAUGGUUCUGGCCAGUUUAUAGCUCAAUAUAGGUUAGAUGAUGGUACUGGAGAAGAAAAAUAUGGAAAAUUAAUGCCAAAUAAUAAUGGACAGGAUUCUGUUUUAGUACAACAUGGUUCAUACACAACAAAUAUUGAUGGAAAAUUAAUAACUUAUAAUUGGGUAGCUGAUACAAGAGGCUAUAGAGUAUCUAAAGCUUAAUUUUUGAUAAAUUUAAGUGAGCUUACUUUUUUAGUCAUAUAUAUAUUCUUUUUUUAAAUAAAAUUCUUCUAUUACUAAUUUACAUCGUAAACAUAAA